AUGUCUGAACAAUCUUCAACUUUAACGACUGAUCAAAAUCAUAAUGAUAAUACUGAAAAAGUAACCAUAGCAGUGACAUCACAAUCAGUGAUAGAAUCAUCUUCUUCUGAAACAUUCAAUUCGGAUGUUGAUUUUCAAGAAAUAUAUCUUUGUGCAAAACAUAAUCGUAACUGGCCUAAACUAUCUAAUGCAUUAAUGGCACAUCCUGAUUGGUUAACAGUAAUUCCUGAUGAUCAUCAAUGGUCAAUGUUACAUCAAAUAGUUUAUUCUGGUAAUAUAAAACAUUUAGAUGAAGUUCUUGCAUUACAAACAACUAAUUCAAAUUUUCGUCUUCUAUGUGAAACACGAGAUGGUAAAACUGUACGUGAAAUUGCUGCUGAACAAGUAAAUAUUCAUUCUGAAAUGUUACAUCAUAUUGAACAAUUUAUUGUUAUUGAUGAAUUAUUAAAUAAUGCUAAAAAUCGUCGUUGGGAUUUAGUUAAACAAUGUAUUACAUUACGACCAGAUAUUGUUAAUGAAAAACCACCAUAUCGUCGUUUUUAUUUAAUACAUCAUCUUGCUUAUGUCGGAAAUCUUGAUAUAUUUAAAGAAUUAAAUGAAAUUUGUCAUUUUAGACUUGAUUUAUAUGCUGAAAAUCAAACAAUCAGUCAACUUGCACGUCAACAUAAUAAAAUAGCAUUUGCUGAAUAUAUUGAAAGUCUUCAAAUAAUAAACUUAAAUAAAAUAAAUGAAGAUACAAGUGUUCAAACUGUAUCAUCAAAUUCAACAGGUAUAUUACAUUAUAAUUUUGAGUUUUAUGAGAAUUUUUCUAAAUCAUCUAUUUUACAAAAUAUUAAUUUAAAUAAUACCGAAUGGAUAUGUUUUAUAUUUUAUUUUUUUGUUUACUAUUGA